CAACCCCCCGUCGCUGCACCCAAACGCAGUGGACGCGCCCCGCUCAGAUCUGUACAUAACCGCUGCCCCAAAAUGGUUGUGCUGUCGCGUCGAUCCGUGCUGUCGAUCUUAUCUCCCCGCGAAUCCGCCCAGCUCAAGAGCGUCCUGACGGUCGCGCUGCUCGCCUUCCUCCUCGCCCUCGUCGCACACACUCGCGAUGCCUCUCACGACUCGCUCACGGCUGACACGAACAACGCCUUUGCCGGCACGCACGCGUACAUCCCGCCCUCGCCCUCCGCCAGCCGCUCGCCCUGCCCCGCGCUCAACACCCUCGCCAACCACGGCUACCUCCCACGCGACGGCAAGAACAUCCACCCCGCCCAAAUCAUCACCGCCCUCCGCGACGGCUACGGCCUCUCCACCCCGCUCGCCUGGGUGCUCACCUACGGCGGCUACUUCCUCCUGCGCAACCCGCCCAUGCCCACCGCCCUCCCGCACCUCGCGCCCACCACCCUCGCCCACUUUACGCACCUCGCCAAGUCCCUGCCGACCGUCCACAAGAUGCUCGCCCCCUUCGACCUGCGCGAGCUCGCGCUGCACAACCAUAUCGAGCACGACGCCUCGCUCGUGCACGCCAACACCGCCCCGCAGCACGCCUACGCCCCCACGCAAGUCGUCCCCGCGCUCCUGCACCAGCUCUUCGCCUUCGCCGCCCCGCAAUCCAACUACACCCGCUUCACGCUGUCCUCCAUAGCAAAGGCACGCGUCCUGCGCGAAUACCAAACCAACGACACCAUCGACGCCUUCCACGCCGAGGUCGCGCGCGGCGAGGUCGCGCUCGUCCUCGGCAUCUUCGGCGCCGCGUCCACCGAUAUCGGCAACCUGGACGAAAAAGCGGGCGGCGGGAUCGACGUCGCGCUCCUCGAGACGUGGUUCGGGCAGGAGCGCCUGCCCGCGGGGUGGGCGCCGCGCCACGUGCAGACGCUCACGGGCACCGUGCAGCUCUCCAAGGCCAUCCGCGCGCAGAUGCAGAAGAUCGGGAGGGACGCGGUCACCUCUGCGCCCGCUGCCGGGGGGGAGGCGGAGGUGUGCGUGCCCGCGCCGCACGCGGCGCCGAUCGUCGAGAGCGUCUCGCUCAACUCGUCCGCCUCUGCCGCCGAGUUUGACGACGGCUUCUUCGGCGAGCUCGACGCGCAGGAGAUGCUGCUCAACGCGUCGCAGGCCGCGCGCGAGUACGACUACGACUUUGUGCUGGACAGCAAGGCCGCGCGCGAGGACGGGUUUAUGUUCACCGCCGAGCCGGGGUCGGAGUGAACGACGUGACGGUAUACAUUCUCCUGCGCGAUCCGCUUCCUUUGUCCGCCUUUAUAAAUAUCGUAUUACUACUAUGGGUAUUCGUCGUCCUGACUUCGCACUCCAUCCUCCUCGCACUUUUUUCGCUCCUCGCAUUAUACCUUCACAUAUUGUCCCUUCCUGCAUCAUUCUCCCUCCCCUUCCCCUUGUCGCAUAUUAGACUACCAAUCUUCCUCUUCGUUCCGCCUCACCUUCGUCCUCGUUCUCGGCAUGCCCUCAUCCAAGUCGACGCGGAUCGUGAAUCAUGGAGGGCCAAAAACUCCCUUUCCCUCCCCUGUAUCCCUACGCGUAUAUAUUGUACUCUAAUGGCACUAGCAUCAACGACCACAUCACAUCACAUCA